AUGACCAGCCCUACUGUGCAACUUGGACUAGACUGGACACGCCCAUACCCCCCAUCGUCUCGGUAUGCCGUGUUCAAAUCAAACUUCCAGGAAGUUGGGAACCGCCAACAGAGAUGCGGUCCCAGAACCCGGGCAGCCAGGAGCCCCAGAACCUGGUCGAACAACCCCCUUGCAAGGUGCAACACGCUUGUUGGUGGAAGGCCUUACCACAGUUUCCCACGGUCUACCAAAAACCUCGAACGUCCGUCCAUCUUUGCUUUUUCCUCAUGCCAGUUGACAAGUAAAAGCCCCCUCCUCUCCACUUCUUCCCUCUCUGGCAUGACGCCACUGCAGGGCAAAUAUGCCCCCAAGUCUGGCUCCUCUUCUCCUACUCCUCCUCCUCCUUCUCCUCCACUUUCACCCAUCCCCUGCGUGUUGUUUGGUGCUUGGUAUGGUGGUGUCAAGACCUCAGUCUGGAUAUGGCGUCUAACUAGUCUAGCUGCCUCUUUCGAUCUGCAACUGCAGGGAAACCCUGGCCCGGCCGGUGAGGGUAUCAGGCCCUGA